CCGAAGAGGUAUCCGAUAAAUCCUCCCGAAUCACUGAUCCUACCGUCGAAUCCGCCGCCAUCGUCAAUGGAAGCUGAAGCUAAUAGCCUCCGCCUACCGUCCGACUGGAACGACUUGAUCACGGAAGAGGAACGGGCGGGGAUGUCGUACCUCUCCAAGAGUGAGAUCAUGAAGAUCCUGGCUAAGGCAGAGGAAAGCCGCCGCCGCCUCCAGCUCCUCAGCCGCAAUCCCCACAGCUUCAAGAGCCCCGUCGAUUCGCAGAGUGACUCGACGGUCCAAAGGCGUCGUCUUGCUGGUGACUCCGAUGACAAGGAGGCCAAGCGGCAACGGCAGGGUGUGGAACUGAGCGGAAUCGAGAUGCAGUCGGCCGACAACCUCCCUCCUCAGCCCGACAAGAUCUUCGUGUUUCCAGAGGUUGGGAGUGGACAGUCAGCUAUCUACUGAAUAUCUUGAUGUUUUGGAAACUGAGUUCUAGUUAUCUAAUUUCAAAUCAGGUGUUCAAGUGAAGUGGUGAACAGUGCAUGUACCUAACUUUACAUGCAUAACUUUGUCGGGAAAUACAUGAAGCACAUGUAACCCAGUUGUUUAAACCUACUACACUACCAUUUGAGCGUGUCAUAGGAAGGCUUUUCCUAUUUUAAAAUGAUGUUUGGUCAUUCUCUUAUUAAGCUACAGUUCUGUUGAUAUUGUGAUUAUAUAACUGCACUUUUCAGCAAUUAUCUUGAGGUGGUGUUGUCCUUUAAUUA